AGGAACGCCUGACGAGGUUUUGAUUCUGUUCGAUCAAUGUUUAUUUGUAAGAGUGUUUCAAGCUUUUCUUACGAUGCACCUACUUUUUCAAAGGCCUAGUGUAGUAAAACAAACUAGAAUUGCAGCUAAAUUUCUCCCCGCAGUAACUCAGACCGCUCCGUCGAUAAUUCGAGGAAAACAUACCAUCAAAGCUCUUGAAAGUGGCACGCCGCGACUCAGAAUGGCAGCAUCUCUUAACAAAAGGAAACACAGGGAGAAACAUAACCGUAUCGUGGUAGAGGGAUGGAGACUCGUACGAGAAGCUUUGCUGGCCAAAGCUAAGGUGUUGAAUAUAUUUUACACCGAUCCAGCACUGCUUGAUCACAUCGACACUUCGAGUCUACCAUCACACUGUCUUGCUCAAAUAAGCGAAGAAACAAUGGAGAGUUUAUCAAAUGCUGUCACACCGCCUGGUAUAGUAGGAAUGUUCAAGCGUCCAAGGCAGGGUGAAGGGGGGGAACUGAAGAAUGGAAACACUGUGCAAAAUCCAUUGACAGUGUUAUGUGAUGGACUGAAAGAUCCAACAAACUUAGGUACAUUGGUGCGGACGUCAGCAGCAGCAGGUUGCCAGUCCUUCAUUACUUCAACUUGUUGUGUUGAUGUGUGGGACCCAAAGGUGUUGCGAUGUGCUGCUGGAGGUCAUUUUUAUCUUCCCAUUCAAUACAAUGUGGAUUGGGAAGAGAUUGAGACAUUCAUUGCAGAUAAAAGGAUUUUUCUUGCAGACAAUAAUAUUUCUGAUGACCUAAGCAUUCCAGCAUCUGAACAUUUCCAAGUGGACUGGACUCUAGGACCCAGUGUUCUGGUUAUUGGUGGUGAGACUACAGGUCUGGGGGAAAUUAUCAAAGACUUAGCUUGUCAAUAUCAUGGACAACUUGUUCGUGUUCCCAUGGCAAACACAAUUGACUGUUUAAGUGCAGCAAUGGCUGGCACAGUUAUUAUUUAUGAGGCUUACAGACAAUUACUUAUCGCUGAACAAGAUAGAUAACACUUGUAAGAAGUAUGAAGAAGUUUAA